CAAUUCUAUGCCAAACCACAAGAAGAAUGAAAGCCCAGGACUUCCCCUGAGCACCGACUUCAUUGGCAUUUGGGACAAAAGUAAAAUCUUCCCAAGGCUUGUGGAGAACUUCCUGCUGACUCACAUUUCACACAGAGCCUGUACUUAACCCCCACCCUCUCACCAGCGCUCAGAGUCAACGGAGGAGUGCCGGAGCCUUGAGGACAGCACGGACGGGGAACGGCCCAGUGACCUGGUAAGAAGAGCCCUCCAGAUGGAAGCCAGACCUCCAAAGAGUCCAGGCAAACAAUUUACAUUUGAUUAUGAAAAUGAAGCCCACAAACAAGAUUACUUCAUUAAGUCUCCUCCUCCUCAGCUCUUCUUCUCUGCAACCUCCUGGAAAAAGCGCCUUUUUAUCCUGUCCCAGAAUGGGGGAAAGGGCCUGAGUCUUUCCUAUUACAAAGACCAUCAACAUCGCGGCUCCAUCGAACUCGAUCGAAGCACCACCAUAGAAGUCGGUAUCAACAGCCAGGAGAAGAUGCAGUCUGUGCAGAGGAUGUUCAAAUGCCACCCUGACGAGGUGAUGUCCAUCAGAACCGUCAACAGGGACUACUUCCUCAUUGGCCAUGACAGGGAGAAGGUCAGAGAGUGGGCGUCCUUCAUAUCAGCAUAUUGCCGGGGUGCAGAAGGGGCUCAUCAGAACUCACAGCAGGAGCCGCCUUCCCUGGGCAACAGAAGGCCAGUUUCCGACCCCAGCCCUUUCUUGGGCCUCUGCAGUGCACCGGAGAUUAUCAGCCUACCAUUACCAAGGGCCAGUCUUCCAGAUGUGCAUUUAAUACAAAAAAACCUUCAAGGAUUCAGGCAAGCUCAUCCUCAUCAUGAACACAAUUUCUACUCAGAACCCACUCAAGAUAUGGAAGAAGAGAAUUACUAUCUUACUCCUCGAAACAUCCUUUCAGAACUAAAGAGCAUUGCUGAUCCCGACGAUUCUGUUGACUCUAUUGACUCCAAUAGUCCAGACCAAGGCUCCAAGAAAUCUGAGAGCAAUUACAUGUCAAUGAGAUCCUGUUUCUUCAAAGAAUCAUCCUCUGCAUCUGCUGGUUGCCAAGCUGAACCCCAGAAUUCUCUGGAGACUCCAGAGCAGGGGCCUCCCCGGCAAGAACAUGGCACAGGAAGUGAUCUGUGCCUUUCACCUGCUGAUCCAGAAGCACAAGCCACAGCUGACAAACAGGGGUCCGCCUCACUAACUGUUGUGAAAUUGUCUAUAUUACUCAACAACGUCCCUGAUGAGAGCCACGUGGAGACUCUGAACGUGUUCCUCUCUCCCCCGGAUGCCUUCAACUAUCUUGCUCUGGUAGAAGCAGCGGGACGGAUAUGUGUGGCUCGGUGGGAAGGUCCUCCCCGACUAGGGUGCUUAUUCUGCCAUGGAGAUCAUAUCUUGGCCGUGAAUGACCUGAAGCCCCAAAGCCUGGAGGAGGUGUCCUUGUUUCUUACCCGGUGUAUCCAGAAGGAGAAAGUGAAACUCUCCAUUGGCCGGAUCCCCAAUUCAGAGAAGUUCCAUGCUUCUGCCUGCACGUGCCCCCUAAAAUACCACUUGGUGGAGCCUGUCCAGGAGGAUUUGCCAGGACUGGAGAGGAUACCAAAGAGGAGUCCGGCCAUCAAAAAGAGCCAGAAGGAAGUAACUGGAGAGUCGGCUGCCUCAGGCCCAUGACAGCAGAAGGAUGGAACCCUGGAUCACGCGUGGUCCUGUGGUUGGAGACAAGGCUGCAUCCUACUUUGAGUCACUGUACUGCCUUAACAAUGGGGGUCACUGGCCCCUCUUUGACUGUUGCAUUGAGGUCACAUGGGAUAAUGACUAAGGAACAGAGAUAAAAUGGAAGGCCUUAUUAUCUGAGACUUUGCCUCAGACACGGCAGACAUCGAUUGAGUAAAUCUCUGGUCUAAUUAAUAGCACUGUGUGCUUUCUGAGGUCACAAUUGCAUCUUUGUUAGGAAUAUCCAGUCAGAAUUACUCAUUCCAGGGAGGCAAGAGAGAUGAAAGUCUGUGGUUAUCCUCCAGACACUUCCUGUGACUCAGCAGCCCAGGGCCAUCAGACCAGGCAGAGUGACCUCUGUCUCAGGAUACCUGCUUUCUUAAAGAUACAGUAACUAUUUUGGAAGCUGAGGGAGUUUGGUGCUGCUCACUUCAAAAAUAAUCAGGAAACUAUGUGUAUAUGUUCUUAAUUGGUUGGCUUAUUACCGAAUUAGUUCUGUGAUGUCAAAAGGAUCAAAGGCCUUUUAAUAAUCAGGAAAGCAGGAGCAGUCAGCCGAAGACUAAUCAACUCGGGGUGUUGGUGCAAAGUGGGGUGGGGGUGUUAGAAAAUCCAUCUCAGCAGGCUGUCCUUUCACAGGGAAAAAAAAAAUGAAGGCUUUGAAAGUUCAGUGAUACUCAGCUACUCUGUAGCUGUUGGGGGCAGGACCAAGAAUCUAGACCAGCUUUAGGAAGAAAAUUCCCUGACCUCUGCCUUGUGUGUGGGUUUAGAUUAGGAAAGACCUUUGGCAUGUGGAGACAUUCAGUACAUUUCAUUUUCUGUCAUCUAGAUUGUUGCCUGUAUAAAAUGUAUAUAUGUGUAUGAAACAUGGAAAAUAAUUAAAUGUAUAUGCAUGAAUAUUUCAAAUCUCAUAAAUAAGAAACGAAGCCACUUCAGUGAGGAAAUAAAUACCCAUGAAGGUAAAACUGCCUGAAACCACCUUCAGGAUGGAUCCCUGGGCUCUGAAAUCCAGGUAUCCUCCCAUCCCUAUGUGCUCUCAGGGAGGCAAAGAGAAGUCUGAGGACCCUGGAGUCCAUCAUCCAUUCAGCUCACAGCAGUGCUGGGACAAGCAUACAGGACUACUGGUCCCCCACACACUGUCAGCCUGCCAGCCUCCCCCAACCCCAGAACUUGCCACCUGACACAGGAUGGGGGAGACUUGCUGUGAGGACCACACUCUGGGAGCUUCUCCGCACCCUGACGGCGCUCCCGGGGAUUAUUUGACUGAGGAACACGGUUCCAUGUUGUAUCAUCCUGGAAAGUCCGUGGAGAGGCUCGUGAGUCUGCGGGAGAGUGCAGAACGUGAACUCUCUGAGGAAAGGACCUCGCUUUUGGCGGUGUGGAGAGUGACAAACUGUGGUCACCCCACCCACCUCCAACAGGAGCCUGAAGAAGGCAGCUCCUCCCCAUGCUUCCUGCUCUGUGGAGAGCAGUGGAACCAGGGCCUGGAGGAAGCAACCUUCCUGGCUGGGCUGAGGUAUGCACUGCUGGUGGCUGGGGCAGACAGUGGGACCCACCCUUCAUCGCUCUCUGUGCUGUUCCUCAGAGGCCAGGUCCUCUGUGCCCCCUUCCCCAGAGCUGGAGGCAGCCACAGUCACAGAACAGCAGUGACCCCAAGGAAAACUCCAGACCUGGGAAUGGAGAUAUUUGUCCUUUCUGUCAUCCAGGUGAGAACACAGCCAAGAAUUGUGGAGAGGUGGCUGGAAAAGCCACCAGGCCAGGCCUGACAAGGGC